AUGCCUGCAUUAAGAUUUAAAAUGUGUCGUCUACUUCCAGGAAAUGUUCGGAACAGAGAACUUUCUCUAAUACAACGCCGCAUUCUCCGAAGAUUGAGGAACAAGAGGAGAUCCAUUAAAAGAAAUCUUUCUCUGAGAGAAAAUCUAAACAGUAACAUCAAAUCACAAACUACACGAAAGUUGCCCCUUUAUUAUUGGGAUUUACCCAUAAGGGAGAUGCACAGAGGAAGAGAACGAACUUCAUAUAUCCCUUUUCUACUCAAUCAAGAAACAAGAUCGGACGUGAUUCCGGUUCGUCUCCAUUUUAGUGACACUCUUCCUCAAGCAAGGCAGCCGAUAAGUCAUCGAAGGGUUUGUGUGAAUAAUAGACUGGUAAGCAUUACUCAUUUGAAAGUUUCCCACGGUGAUCUAAUAUCUUUUCAAGAAAAUUACGCGAGAACCCGCGGUGAAGAAAUAAGGAGAUCUUUCUAUAUCGACAUAUCAGUUGGAAAAAUCAUAGGCAAAUUCCUGCCGGUCAGAAUGUGGAGAAGAACCAAAACAGAAUGGUUCCGCCUACUCAAAACUCAGAGGGGGUGCCGCCUACUACUAAAAUCCCGGUUUUUGCAAGAGUUGCGUUCUUCUAUGCAAGAAGAAGACUUAGAAAGAACAAAGAAGUUUGGAUCCGAAAAAGUAUGCUUAGGCAGUUCCUUCGCUGAGCACAACAGAAUGAAGAGGAAUUUGUUUCAUUUCAAAUACUUCUUCUUAUUGAAGAGAAGGAACGAGAAAAACCGAAAUCUUCCUACUCGAACAAUAAGUCCUUUUGUUUACAAGUCUUCUUUAUAUAGUAAUUCGACCUAUUGCUCCGGAUCCCCGUUUACUAGGAAGAUAAGAAUCAAAAGGAUCGAACUACCUACUCAUUAUUCGGAGGUGAAUCAUAGAACACCAAAAGCUUUGGUAUAUUAUGGACCUAACAUCGGUCACAUCCCUCACGACAUAAGAUUGAAAGAUCCAAACCUUCCUCUUCGAAGCGGAAACGGACGUGGCCAAAACACAUAA